GGCCCUUCUGCUUCGCAGGACAUCUUAGCUCGGGCGUGUUUCGGUGACGCCGGGAGCCAGCUCCCGUCUCUGUUCCUGUGCAAAUGCCUGAUCCGUGCCGUUCCUCCCGGGCGGGGAGCUGCCUGCCGGAGUGAAUCAGACAGCGCCUUGAGAUGUGAAACCCUCCUUCUCUAGACUAGCGGCUGGACCCCCUUCCGGAACAGCGGGCCCUUCCCACGCCCAGCCUCUGCUGUCUGCAGUUGGCAUAAACAGUGACUGGAUUUUUUUGUUGUUGUUGCAAGAUUUGAAUAUUAUUUUAUUUUUUUUUUGGCCCAGCAGAUGAAUCUUUUUGGGGUUGCUGUCGAACGCUGCUCGCUGACUCGGAUGCUUUAACUUUUCCUGGGAGACCCACUGCCUUUUGCUCUUUGGGGGUGUGUGUGUGGGGGGGGGAUGUCUGAUGGUUUUCGGCUGAAACUCGGCACAACGGACCCCUCCCUCCUUGGGCGAAGGAAAGCUCCCUUGCCCCGCGCCAGCUUGUAAGGAGAAGGUGGGCCAGGGAAGGGAGCCAGCGUGGAUUGCCUUGCCGGCCCCUGCGGUAGCUGGUGUCAGAGUUGGUCCUGGCAUGCUGCUCCCCGCGAUGUUGCAGACUAUUUACGAGAGCGAAUCGUGUUUUUCUUCAGAUGGGGUAGCCGGACGCGAGCAGUCGCUGGAGCUCCUUUCGCGGACUCCGCUCCAUGGCCUCCCCGUGGCAGCGGUAGACGUGAAGCCGGUGCUGCCCGUGGCCAUGCAGAACUCCUGCGGCAGCGGCAGCAGCGGCAGCAGCCCGGUGGACCUGCGGACAGAGGCCCGGGGCAGCGUGCCCAGCGUGGACCCGGCGGUGCGGGAGCAGCAGCUGCAGCAGGAGCUGCUGGUCCUGAAGCAGCAGCAGCAGUUGCAGAAGCAGCUGCUUUUCGCCGAGUUCCAGAAGCAGCACGAGCACUUGACGCGGCAGCACGAGGUCCAGCUGCAGAAGCACCUCAAGCAGCAGCAGGAGAUGCUGGCAGCAAAGCGGCAGCAGGAGCUGGAGCAGCAGCGCAAGCAGGAGCAGCUGCGGCAGGAGGAGCUGGAGAAGCAGCGGCUGGAGCAGCAGCUCCUCAUCCUCCGGAACAAGGAGAAGAGCAAAGAAAGUGCCAUCGCCAGCACGGAAGUGAAGCUAAAGCUCCAGGAGUUUCUACUCAGCAAGUCAAAAGAGCUGACCGCAGGCGGCUUCAACCAUUCCCUCCCACAGCACCCCAAAUGCUGGGGAGCCCAUCAUACCUCGUUGGACCAGAGCUCCCCUCCCCAGACAGGCAGCCCGGGAACACCGCCCUCCUACAAACUACCCCUACUCGGCACAUACGACAGCAGAGACGACUUUCCGCUCCGGAAAACCGCCUCGGAACCCAACUUAAAAGUGCGCUCGCGGUUAAAGCAGAAGGUGGCCGAGCGCAGGAGCAGCCCCCUGCUGCGGAGGAAAGACGGGACCGUCAUCAGCACGUUCAAGAAGAGAGCCAUCGAGAUCACGGUCUCCUCCGUGUGUAACAGCGCCCCAGGGUCCGGUCCCAGCUCCCCGAACAGCUCCCACAGCACCAUCGCUGAGAAUGGCUUCACUGGCUCUGCCCCCAACAUCCACACCGAGCAGCUGCUCCCCCAGCACAGAGCCCUGGCCAUGGACGGCUCCGCUAGCCAGCUCAGCCUCUAUACCUCCCCGUCCCUGCCCAACAUCUCCCUGGGACUGCAGGCAACGGUCACCGUGACCAACUCGCACCUCAACGCUUCCCCGAAGCUCUCCACCCAGCAGGAGGCGGAGCGCCAGGCCAUCCAGUCGCUGCGCCAGGGCGGGGCCCUCACGGGCAAGUUUAUGAGCACCUCGUCCAUCCCCGGCUGCCUGCUGGGGGUCGCCCUGGAGGGGGAGACCAACAGCCACGGGCACGCCUCCCUGCUGCAGCACGUGCUGCUCCUGGAGCAGGCCCGCCAGCAGAACACGCUGAUCGCCGUGCCGCUCCACGGCCAGUCCCCGCUGGUGACGGGCGAGCGCAUCUCCACCAACAUGCGGACGGUCAACAAGCUGCCCCGGCACCGCCCGCUGAGCCGCACCCAGUCGUCCCCGCUGCCCCAGAGCCCCCAGGCCCUGCAGCAGCUGGUCAUGCAGCAGCAGCACCAGCAGUUCCUCGAGAAGCAGAAGCAACAGCAGCAGAUUCAGCUUGGCAAGAUCAUCACCAAGACGGGCGAGCUGCCCCGCCAGCCCACCACGCACCCAGAGGAGACGGAGGAGGAGCUGACGGAGCAGCAGGGGGCGCUGCUGGAGGACACGGUGCCCCUGGGGCCGGUGGCCUUCGUGGUGGACGGCUCGCCGGAGAGCGAGAGCACGCAGGACGAGCUGGAGGAGGACGAGGCCGGCGAGCCGGUGAAGGACGAGGAGGGCGCGAGCGGGGACGAAGACGAGCACAUCGACUCGCCGGAGGUGGAGGAGCUGGGCGUGGCUUACAAGCAGGUGUUCCCCGAUGCUCAGCAGCUGCAGCCCAUCCAGCUCUUCCCAGCUUCCUUGACCAUCACCACCCUGCCUCACCAAGCACUGAGCCGGACCCAGUCCUCGCCCGCCACCGCCGGCAUCAAGAACACGGCGGCUGAACCCCCGGUCAAACACCUGUUCACUACUGGCGUGAUCUACGACACGUUCAUGCUAAAGCACCAGUGUAUGUGCGGGAACACUAACAUUCACCCAGAGCAUGCUGGGAGAAUCCAGAGCAUCUGGUCCAGGCUCCAGGAGACCGGCUUGCUGAGCAAGUGCGAGCGGAUCCGGGGCAGGAAAGCGACGCUGGAUGAAAUCCAGACGGUCCAUUCGGAGCAUCACACGUUGCUGUACGGAACCAGCCCCCUCAACCGGCAGAAACUCGACAGCAAGAAGCUGCUAGGUCCCAUCAGCCAGAAGAUGUAUGCGGUCCUGCCCUGCGGCGGCAUCGGGGUGGACAGCGACACGGUGUGGAACGAGAUGCACUCGUCCAGCGCCGUCCGCAUGGCCGUGGGCUGCUUGGUGGAGUUAGCCUUCAAGGUGGCCUCGGGAGAGCUCAAGAAUGGAUUUGCCGUCAUCCGGCCCCCGGGGCACCAUGCGGAGGAAUCCACGGCCAUGGGCUUCUGCUUCUUCAACUCCGUCGCCAUCGCUGCCAAACUGCUCCAGCAGAAGCUCAGCGUCGGCAAGAUCCUCAUUGUGGACUGGGACAUUCACCAUGGCAACGGCACCCAGCAAGCCUUCUACAGCGACCCCAACGUGCUGUACAUCUCCCUGCACCGCUACGACAACGGCAACUUCUUCCCAGGCAGCGGGGCCCCCGAGGAGGUUGGCAGCGGGAUGGGGGUGGGGUACAACGUCAACAUAGCCUGGACGGGCGGAGUGGACCCCCCCAUCGGCGAUGUGGAGUACCUGGCCGCGUUCAGGACGGUGGUGAUGCCAAUAGCCAACGAGUUCUCCCCGGACGUGGUCCUGGUCUCUGCCGGCUUCGACGCAGUCGAGGGACACCUGUCUCCCCUGGGCGGCUACUCCGUCACGGCGAAAUGUUUCGGGCACCUGACCAAGCAGCUGAUGAAGCUGGCCGGUGGGCGCGUGGUGCUGGCUUUGGAGGGGGGUCACGACCUGACCGCCAUCUGCGACGCCUCAGAAGCCUGUGUCUCCGCCCUGCUUGGCGUGGAGCUGGACCCCCUGGAUCAAGCUCUCCUGCAGCAAAAGCCAAAUGUAAAUGCCGUGGCCACGCUGGAGAAGGUUAUUGAAAUCCAGAGCAAACACUGGAGCUCUGUGAAGCGCUGUGCCUCGGUGGUCAGCUGUUCCUUGCUGGAGGCGCAGAAGGGAGAAGCCGAGGAGGCAGAGACAGUAAGUGCCAUGGCAUCGCUCUCGGUCGAUGCCGAACAAGGAAGCACAGACUGCAGCCCCAGACAAGUGGAUGAGCCGAUGGAGGCAGAGCCUGUUUUGUGAAGUGCCAAGCCGUCGUGUAGCUGUCACUUUUUUGUGGGUUUUUUGGUCAUUUGUGAUUUCGUUCCCCUCCCUCCCCCCAAAGGAUUUUUUUUUCUAUUAAAAAGAGGAGAAAAAAAAAAAGUCACACUCGACUCCACAACAAAGCCGUGUGUGUGAUUGUGUCCGUCUCCGAGCAGCUGACCCCACCAGCAUCUCAGUCUUGUCCCCGCACCUUCGGGAUUCAGGGGUUUGGUUGGUUUCGAUUUCCUCCUCUCCUGUCUUACUUCUCCGGCGUUCUUCCCUUUGGCGACACACGGUAGCAGCGAAACAAGAAACGGUUUCACUUUGGGGUCCUUUACGCUCUGUGCUCCGGAGAGAGGAGACGACCCGGCUGAUUUCACAUCCGAACGGCAACACCGUCCUGUGUUCUCUCCCUCUCUCUUCUUUUCUCGUUCCCCUGGUUCGCUCACACCGAAAUCCAAGCUCCGUGACUUGCUUUCUUGCUUUCUUUUUUUUUUUUAAACCUUCACACCUGAAUUAAUCUUUCUGUCAAGUGUGUUGAAGUGUUUCUGAGACAUAAGUGACUCUGAAUGCUGAGGACGGUCUCUGGGGGAGGAGAGAGGAAAUAUUCGUGCCUUUAAUUAAGUCAUUUUUUUUAAUGCCUUAAUUUCCCUGUGAUUUUCAUUUUGCUCUUUUGCGUUACCAUUUCAGAGGGAGCUAUACAGAUAUAAAUAUGGGGCCGGGGAAGAGAGUCACACUUCUAGUCUGAUUCUCAAUCACCCCCUCCCUCCCCAAUCAACCCUCCCUUCUCCUACCACACGCACUGUGUAAUUAAUCCCAUUGUAAUUAAGAGAGCCAUUGUGCAUCCGUGUUCACGACCAAUGCUUUCUGGACGUUCUUUUUGUUCGGUUUUCACAAAGCCUCGUCUCGCUGUAAAUAAUUUGAUUUCUUGUCUCGUGUGCACAAAACAAACCGCUGUCCAUUCGUAAAAAAAAAACAAAAACAAAAAAACAGAAAAAAAAGGGAAAAAAAAUAUUUUUCUUUUCCUGUUACUUCACCAGCCUAAGAGAACUUAGAAGGAUUUUUAGCUUUAAAAGAGGAAAAAAAAAAACAAAGGUAUAUAAUUUUAUUACAGAUGUAUUAUUUAAUAGUAUUUUUUUAAAUGCACCGCACAUGCUUUUCCUUUGGAAAGUCGGGUGGUGGGGUGGGGGCGGAGAUUUGCACCAAGGACAGAGCUGGGUGGUUUUGUUUUAAAUGAUUCUUCGGCGGCGGGAUUUCUAAGUUUCGGGUGAUGUCAGCCUGCGUGUCGUGUGGUUUUUCUCUUCGGUUGAAACCUCUGAUGAGGUCUGUCGGGGUCACCGUUCCCUUUGGGUUUAACGCUCCCAGGGACUCCCUGGGGAAUGGCCUCUUUGAUCAUCUCAGCAUUUGGAUUCACCUUUCUGUUCUGCCCUGUUCGUAGACACCCCCGUGGCCUGGCUGGGGCUGUGCAGCAAGGAGAUACAAGUCAUUGAGGGGGGCGGGAUUAGGUUUGUCCUGGUGUGGAGGGAUAGGAUGAUGCCAUGUAAACCCGCGGGCUGACCGGAGACUGUAGUGGUGCUUAGGUCUGGUGCAGGGCCCCCGUGCAGGGCAGCAAGGGGCUGAUGUGUUGCAUUGGC